CACAUUAUCCUUUAAUUACAACGAAAUUAGAAAUAAACAAUAAUUUAAAAUUCUCUUAUGGGGAUUUUGCACGUAAUUUUAUAGAAACACACGUGUGUUUAAAAAUAUUUGCUAAGGCUGUUGACGUCAUGCCGCCAUUUUAAAUACCAGUAAUGUCAUUUUACUUUCAAAAAGUAGUAUUUUUAUUACUCAAUUACCCAAGUAUUUGUAUAUAACUUUCACUAUUCUUAAAACCAUUAAUCAAUUCCUUUUUUCUGGAUUCUUGAAUAAAACUCGAUGUUACCAAGUUUGUUUUUAAUAUUGCCUGACUAUUUAUUAAGACAUUUAAAAUCUAGAAAUACUUUCUUGAAGCAACUUUUUCUGCUCUACAAAACGACGUACUUAUUUAAAAAUAUUUGUGGCAGUCAUAUUGGAUCUGAGCAUUUUUAAUAGCAAUUUUAAUACCCAUGCGCGCAACCUAAUAGCAUUAUCAUAAUUUGAUGUAUAAAUCGCAGUAAAAUGCAAGCACCCACCUAUUUUUUACCGUGUCCAAAAUCCCCAUGCACCCUCAAAUUUAAAUCACCCGUAUUAAAUGCUCUUUUAGGUGCUGCUUUAUUAUGGGACAAAUAUUCAAGGUUUGGUCCUGCAACAGGGACAAAAAGUGUUCUUUAGUUCUACAACAAAACGAAAAUUUGGUAGAUGAUCUGAUUUUAAAAGCAUCUGUCAAAUUAAAACUUAAUGGUAGCACUGUUGUGCUAGAGAGUGACGGAACUGAAAUAAAUGACAAUGAAGUGCUAGUAGAAUUAAAAAAUGAAACACUUGUUAUCCUUCAGCCAGGUGAACAGUGGUGGCCAAUUAGGGAAGAUUUUACUUCGGUUAGUAAUAAAAGUAUUACCAGUACGGAUGGCUCAACCAUUACAAUGACAAGCGACAUGAAUUUGGACUUUCAGGAAACUUUAGUUAAAGUUGUUGAAGAUACUACACUUACUAGUCCCACUACUUCUGAAUUUAUUUGCGAAACAAAUCAAGUUCCCACGGAAUCCAACAUUAUAUUUGUUCAGGUUCCCCAAAGCGACCCGAUAAGUAAUAAUAAGGAAAAUGUUAUUACUGAGUACACUUGGCAACUUUUCGAUAUCCCCUGGUCAAAAAUACCACAGUUUAUGUUAACGCAAUGCGAAAAUGGUAGCGGAGGAAAAGCCCUAAGAAAAGAAAUUAUUCAUAUAGUAGUAAACGAUUUGCGUAAUAUAAAAACACAUAUUCCAAACAAAGCGUUUAGAGAAGUAGCAAGAAAAAUGGCUAGCAAGUACCCCAAAUUAUUUUUGGACACUGAUGAAGAUGGUAAUGUUUUGGGUGGUGGAAUUUCUACAUUGGUAAGCCAACUACAAGAUCGAAAUUGGUAUCUGAAUAGAGGUAGCAAAAGAGUGGGUGACUAUAUUAAGCCCUGCAAAAUAAUUAAAAGAAUUAAAUAAUCGAAAAGCUGGGUGCUCUGCUUUGAACUGAAAACCAUUAGUAGAAAGUGAUGUUAGUGAUUCAAAGAUAAUCAUCAACAGUAUUGGUUCUGAUCAUUCCAAGUUUAUAGAUUUGUUAGAAGAAACAUACGCUACACAAAGAGAUUUUCUAACUAAUACUAAUCCGCCUACAAUUGCUGAUAUAAGAAAAGAAUGGGCUGUGCUUUUUACUAAGGAAGCUAUAUUUUGGCAUUUUCAAAAGCUGACCCAAAAAAGUCUACCGACAAAUGAAGCUAAAUACAAGAAAAUUGUUGCUUUUGGUAAGGAAAAGAAGUUUACUGUUUUUGACGAACAUCAGGAUGAAAUCAUGCUGCAGGCUCUGAAAAUACUGGCACAUUACUUUAAGGAAGAUUUUAGUGCAUUUUAUUAUCAAUUUGAUAAUAUUAUUCCUGACAGUCAAGAAAUAUGGAAUCGUAUAAAGGUGAUGGAACCAAUUUUAUAACAGUUUGAUUUAAACGGAGAGAAAAUAUACUAUGUGGCAAUUGAAAAACAAUUUGUGGAUACAAAUAAAAGCUACUCGUCCUUUUGCGAUGCAUUCCUUGUAUGUUUCGCUUUGUAUUAUAACUUUGGAGUUAAGUUCCCUAAGGAUGUAAGCACCACCUUGGAAAUGGUACAGAGGUGUGUUCUGAACGAUCAUCCGGAUUCUGGGACAAAAUCAAAAAAAGUGUCAGCAUCCAAAAAGAAAGUUAUUUCGUUGAUAAAAAAGUUAAAAGAUAUGGGAUUAUAAGUUCGUUACAAUUUAAUAGGAUAAAUUUGCUUUUCCUAUUUUCCUGACUUGCUUUUUCUAUAUAUGGUUAUGACUUUU